AUGGCCAUUGAGGUAGCCUCAAGUUCGACGCAAUCCUCCCGAGAUGCUGCCCAACGAGAACAAGAGCGGGCGGAGAGUGGCUCUCGCGAGUAUUCUAAGCUAUCAGUAUUGUUGGUGAUUAUCUUCUCUGGCCUGGCCAUUGGAUCGGGCAGUUUCAACGCAGCCAUUAUUGGGAAUAUCGAGCUGCUCAUGGCGAUGAUCGACCCCGACUCGCUGACCGCUGAGGUGGCGUCUCGCCUGUCCAACGCUUUCAUGAUCGGGAUGAUCCUCGGUAUGCUCGCGUUUGGGAUUGCAUUGAGCGCUGGAGCCAGUGGAGUAACGGAGGACGGAAUGUUUUGGAUGCUGGUCAUCGCCCGCGGAAUCGCGGGCGUUGGUGCUGGUGGCGAGUAUCCCGUUGCAGGUGCCGGAGCAGCUGAAGCGACCGACGAAGAGUCGGCCGUUCGGAACAAGCGAGGCUCCAUCUUUGCCAUGAUUGCCGAUCUCUCUGCGUCCCUUGGGUUUGCCUUCGGAGCGUUGGUGCCGCUGGUGCUGCUCCUGUGUUUCCAUCAACGGGUCAGCAACUACGACAAAGUCUGGCGCGUGGCGCUGGCCAUGGGCGCCAUCCCCCCGUUGUCGAUCCUCUGGUUUCGAUACCGGAUGACUGUCAGCUCUGUUUAUCGUAAAAGUGCCAUGAAGAAACGACCAGUAACGUACUGGUUGGCGCUUAGGAGGUAUUGGCAGCCACUGCUCGGGGUCUGCAGCUCGUGGUUCACCUACAACUAUAUCUCGUAUCCCUUCGGGCUGUUCUCGUCCACUAUCAUUGCACGCGUUAACCCGAAUUCUUCCCUCGCCCUAAGCAUGUCUUGGGGCACUCUAUUCAACUGCUUCUACAUCCCAGGGGCCAUCAUUGGGUUUAUUCUUGGCGGCGCUCUCCGACAUAUUGAGCAGCACCUGCCGCUAUUUAUUGUUCUAUGCGGCAUAUUCCUCACCCUGGGCGCGAUCGGUCUGGGGUCUACGAUCGUCUUGACUGCCAGUGAAAGCUUUCCCAAGGCUCUGCGUGGCCACGGAGUCGGACGGGCGGCCGCGUGGAGCAAAGCCGGAGCGGCUGUGAGCACGCAGAUCUUCAAGCCAAUUCUUGCUAACUGGCAUGACGACAAGUUCCAUGGCAACCAGGCUGUUUUCCUGACCGGACCGGGAUCUGCAGUACUGGGGUCUUUGGUACGGUGGUUUGUGCUCGUAGAUCCACAUAAGGAGCUGGACAAUGAAGACCAGGCGUGGAAGGAUUAUCUCGUCGUGAAAGGAUAUCAUGUCCAAUGGGCCGUGGAGGGCCAGAAUGGAGAUGAAUACCGGAAUCUAAGAUAG